GGCCUACUCUGCUGAACGACUACUGGUGCCCAUUCAGCACUUCCUUUAGAACUGUUGGCAGUUGAAGGAAUCUUUCUCUUCCUGAGAGCAGACUGGAAAGUUGUCUUCUAUACUCUAAUAAAACCUGAGUUGUAAAUGUUUGUCAUUGUGCUGGGAGUUUUUGGCUUUCACCCCCACCAGUGACCAAAGACUUGACCACUCAAAGUCCAGCUCCCGAGAACACUGCUCGACAUGGACACCGGUGUGAUUGAAGGUGGAUUAAAUGUCACUCUCACCAUUCGGCUGCUUAUGCAUGGAAAGGAAGUUGGCAGUAUCAUUGGAAAGAAAGGAGAAUCAGUUAAGAAGAUGCGCGAGGAGAGUGGUGCACGUAUCAACAUCUCAGAAGGGAAUUGUCCUGAGAGAAUUAUCACUUUGGCUGGACCCACUAACGCCAUCUUUAAAGCCUUUGCUAUGAUCAUUGACAAACUGGAAGAGGACAUCAGCAGCUCUAUGACCAAUAGCACGGCUGCCAGUAGACCCCCAGUCACCCUGAGGCUGGUGGUCCCUGCUAGUCAGUGUGGCUCUCUCAUUGGGAAAGGUGGUUGCAAGAUCAAGGAAAUACGAGAGAGUACAGGGGCUCAGGUCCAGGUGGCCGGGGAUAUGCUCCCCAACUCAACUGAGAGGGCCAUCACUAUUGCUGGUAUUCCGCAAUCCAUCAUUGAGUGUGUCAAACAGAUCUGCGUGGUCAUGUUGGAGACUCUCUCCCAGUCCCCCCCAAAGGGCGUGACCAUCCCGUACCGGCCCAAGCCGUCCAGUUCUCCGGUCAUCUUUGCAGGUGGUCAGGACAGGUACAGCACAGGCAGCGACAGUGCGAGCUUUCCCCACACCACCCCGUCCAUGUGCCUCAACCCUGACCUGGAGGGACCACCUCUAGAGGCCUAUACCAUUCAAGGACAGUAUGCCAUUCCACAGCCAGAUUUGACCAAGCUGCACCAGUUGGCGAUGCAACAGUCUCAUUUUCCCAUGACGCAUGGCAACACCGGAUUCAGUGGCAUUGAAUCCAGCUCUCCAGAGGUGAAAGGCUAUUGGGCAGGUUUGGAUGCAUCUGCUCAGACUACUUCUCAUGAACUCACCAUUCCAAACGAUUUGAUUGGCUGCAUAAUCGGGCGUCAGGGCGCCAAAAUCAAUGAGAUCCGUCAGAUGUCUGGGGCGCAGAUCAAAAUUGCGAACCCAGUGGAAGGAUCUACUGAUAGGCAGGUUACCAUCACUGGAUCUGCUGCGAGCAUUAGCCUGGCUCAAUAUCUAAUCAAUGUCAGGCUUUCCUCGGAGACGGGUGGCAUGGGGAGCAGCUAGAACAAUGCAGAUUCAUCCAUAAUCCCUUCCUGCUGUUCACCACCACCCAUGAUCCAUCUGUGUAGUUUCUGAACAGUCAGCGAUUCCAGGUUUUAAAUAGUUUGUAAAUUUUCAGUUUCUACACACUUUAUCAUCCACUCGUGAUUUUUUAAUUAAAGCGUUUUAAUUCCUUUCUCUGUUCAGCUGUUAAUGCUGAGAUCCAUAUUUAGUUUUAUAAGCUUCUCCCUGUUUUUUUUUUUUUUUUUUUUUUUUGCUCAUGAAUUUUUUUUUCUGUUUGUCAUGGAAAUGUAAGAGUGGAAUAUUAAUACAUUUCAGUUUAGUUCUGUAAUGUCAGGAAUUUUUCAAAAAAAAUUAAAAGAUGGACUGGA